ACCUGGGGUGUGGCGUUGAUAAGGUGGGCGGGGCAUAGCGUCUGAGACAGGAAGUACGUCAGAGAAAUCGUAAGGUACCUGAGGAGCAGCAAAUUUCACUCAACACUAAUGAGGGUCAAACAGCAUUACAGAGGUGAUUUAGCGCCGCCAGUCUGAAGCAGGUGUUCAUCAUGGCGAGCUCGACCAGCGGAUCUCUCUGUGUUCCUCUGCUCCUCUCCCUGCUGUCUGCGGCUCUUCUGCCUGAAGGAGCUUCCCAGACCAUAACAGCACAGGGUCAGAACCUGGUGACGGGAAACGUCUCGGUGAUUGAGGGCGAGACGGCGACCAUCAGCUGCCGGGUGAAGAACAACGACGACUCGGUCAUCCAGCUCCUCAACCCCAACAGACAGACCAUCUACUUCAAAGACGUCAGACCCCUGAAGGACAGCCGGUUUCAGCUGGUUAACUUCUCCGACAACGAGCUGCGCGUGUCGCUGUCCAACGUGACGCUGUCGGACGAGGGACGGUACGUGUGCCAGCUCUACACGGACCCCCCGCAGGAGGCCUACGCAGACAUCACCGUCCUGGUUCCGCCAGGCAACCCAAUCAUCGAGUCCCGCGAGGACGUGGUGAGUGAGGGGAAUGAGACGGAGAUAACCUGCACUGCCAUGGGCAGCAAGCCUGCCUCCUCCAUCACGUGGAUGAAGGGAGACCAAAUCCUACAAGGUGAGGAGACGGUGGAGGAGACGUACGACAGGAUGUUCACCGUCACCAGCCAGCUCCGGCUCACCGUCUCCAAGGAGGACGAUGGAGUGCCCGUCAUCUGCAUCAUUGACCACCCGGCCGUGAAGGACUUCCAAGCACAGAAAUACCUGGAAGUGCAAUAUAAACCAGAGGUGAAGAUUGUGGUGGAGUUUCCACAGGGUCCCACGAGGGAAGGGGAAAACCUUGAGCUGACGUGCAAAGCCAAGGGCAAACCACAGCCCCAUCAAAUUAACUGGUUGAAAGUGGAUGAUGAUGUUCCCUCCCACGCGGUGAUUACAGGCUCUGAUCUCUACAUCGAGAACCUCAACAAGUCCUACAACGGAACGUACCGCUGCGUGGCCUCCAACUUAGUGGGAGAGGCUUACGAUGAAUACAUCCUGUAUGUGUACGAUGUUCUCGCCACAACCCCCCCACCCACUACUACCACCAUCAACCCUGACGCUGCCCAAGAUUCAAGAGCGGACGGAGGGCCGCAGAAAAUCGAUCACGCAGUCAUCGGCGGAGUUGUUGCAGUGGUUGUGUUCGCCAUGCUCUGUCUGCUCAUCAUUUUGGGACGCUACUUCGCCAGACACAAAGGCACCUACUUCACUCACGAAGCUAAAGGAGCGGAGGACGCUGCGGACGCCGACACAGCCAUCAUCAAUGCUGAAGGAGGACACAACAACACGGACGACAAGAAGGAGUACUAUAUCUAACUCUGACUAGAGCUGCUAGCCACCCCACCCCUCCCUGCCGGACCAGGAGCCUGCGGGGGUCCUGCUGGAUUAGGGAGGGAGGGCUCGGGUUAGUCCAAGCUGUAUUUUUGUUUCUUUUUUUGGGAUUGGAGGGUCGACCCUGCGCAGCAGAAGAGGAGGAGAAAGGAGAAGAAAUGAGAGGAGAGGAGCGCUGCCAUCGAGACUGAAGAGGUGUGGGAUGGAGGAGCGUGAAGGAGAGCUCACUUUUAGAGAAGCUUCGCCAUCCAACACCUCCCAACACCUCCUGCUGGUGCCAGUUUUGUUCAGUUUUUUCGACAUUUUCGCGAGGAAAAAAAAAAAAAAGAAGAGAAAUUUUGUGCCUUGUUCUAUUUAUUUAGAUGGAAAACACCUACUUUCUCAUUCCCGCACCCACGAGUUGCGUACUGCUGGCUCUCUUCAUACAGCAGGCCCCGUCAUGCUGUGCUUUUUCGACGCCCGCACACACUCUUCAGCUUUCACAUGCUCUCUCCUGCCAGCUGAGUGGAAUACACACCAUAUACACAUACAUAUAUACAUAUACACAUAUACACACACAAACACACACUAGUUCAGACAUGAGAUUCAGUCCUGGAAGUACUAUUUAGGUCUCUUUAAUGACUUGUUUCUGAGUGGAUGACAGUGGAUGACACUGUUGUGACAAACCUGAGCUGAAACUCAUUCCGGUCCUCUUGUGUUGUUGCAUUAUUUAAUAGCCGUUCCGUGUGUGCAAAUAAUCUGCUUGUGUUAGUAUUCAUUCAUUAGCGCCAUGCCGUAAAUGCCCACCUAGCAGUUUAAUGGUAAUUGCAUCCGUGCAUUAAAAAUGAAUGCCAAAGCAAAUACAUUAAAUUGGCCCCGGUUCAAAUGGAUAGAGGAACUCUUUAAUGCCAGCAAGCCCCCACCACCGUCCUCAUAUCAUAAACCAGACAUGCUCCAGACUAUAAAGUAGCUCCUGCUCCGUUUCUGGUUUCAGAAGAUGGCAUCAGGUGUAGUCCUCAAGGUUGGCGAGCUGCCACUGGCUGUAAGAUUAAGCACUAAAGGUUUGCGUUUAUGUAAACUCGCUAGGGCUGCACAAUAUAUAUCGGUUAAGCAUUGUCAUCGCGAUGUGAGCAUGAACUCUGGUGUAAAAUGGACUUUUGUUGUAGUAAAACAUGAUAAAAAGUUCUUACCUUUGAUGAAUAGCACACCUCCGCUCUCCCACAGCGUUCAGAGAUCCAGAAAUUGUAACAGUUUGUCCAAACACCCUUCAGACUGGGUGACACGGGGCAUAAUUUACCCCGAUAAAUCACUUUUUACACCGUUAUCCAACUCAAAGAAGCUCCACACCUCCUUGCUAGAAUCCGGAGAGCCCUGACAUUUAAAACGAGGCAUUAAUAACUUAAAAAGUACAGAAGAAGCUUAUCAAAAAACACUGUUUUUAAUCCUAUAACACUAGCUUCAGCUCCGAGUGCCGCCAUCACUGUACUGAUAAUAACAGACACAUACAUACAUACUUUGAGCUGGAAAACAGUGGAAAAAGCGAUUAAUCUGGGUAAAUUAUGCCCCGUAUCACCCAGUCUGAAGGAUGUUUAGA